UUAAAAAGGGUGGGGGUGGUCAGCUGAUGGUGUGGUGUGCGCAGGCGCAUGUGCUUCGCGCGACAGGGUGCUAAGAUGGCGAGACAUGUACUGUUAACGGGGCCUCCAGGUAUAGGUAAAACAACCCUAAUCCACAAAACCAUAGAUGUGUUGAAAUCUUCUGGUGUUCCUGUUGAUGGAUUUUACACUGAAGAAGUCAGAAAAGAUAGGAGAAGAAUAGGAUUUGAUGUUGUUACAGUAUCGGGGAAGCGAGGAACUUUGUCCAGAACUAGCAGUGAUUCAGGUUCUCUGAACCAUAGAUGUGCAUAUAGAGUUGGCCAAUAUGCAGUGGAUCUUCCGUCAUUUGAAUGCCUAGUCCUCCCUCUUCUCAGAAAAGUUAGCGACAGAAAUGACACAGAGAAAAAGGUGUACGUGAUAGAUGAGAUUGGAAAAAUGGAGCUCUUUAGUGAACCCUUUAUCCAGUCUGUACGUCAAAUCCUAGAUGGACCUGGUGGCACCAUACUUGGGACUAUUCCUAUCCCGAAAGGAAAACCUUUAGAACUUGUGGAAGAAAUCAGAAGCAGAAAGGAUGUUAAAAUAUUUAAUAUUACAAAGGAUAAUAGGAAUAAUAUUGUACAAGAGAUUGUCGCAUCAGUGCAAGACUGCAGAGAACUAAACAGAAACUGAUUCAGAUUGUAGAUGAUUACAAGAGAAUGUGUCCUAUGAGUUGUGCAGAUUUUUGAUUGGUCUUCUGUUUUGUGCUUCAGGCUUUUUAGGCCUGCGCACAACUUUAAGUAAUGCUUAAAAGAUUUAGUAUACCUCCUGGUUGCGCCUUCCACUUGCAGUAUACUAAUGUAGUGUUCUUGUUUAUAAAAGUGUUAUUUGACUUUAUGCUUUUUUCCUAACUUAUGUAUAUUGUUUAAGGUAGUAGUUGGAUGUUUACCAGAAUGUGUACUGAUUUAUUUUGGUGAUCACUAUAUGUGAACUGCACGCAAAUGACAUUGUUAUUGGUUAAUAACAAAUCAUGUGAAAUUUAACAUUGCUACAUCAAUAUCUUCUCUGCAUUUUCUACGGAAAUUUAACUUUGACAGAGAAACAAAGAUCAAUUUCAGACUUUAAAAUUUUAAGAGAUACACUAACACUCUUUGAAUUCAGUUUUUAAAAAAAAAACUGCAGCAUUUGAUCCUACCCAUGUUAGUACAUUUCAGUGGUUUGGCGAAUUGUCCAUAGUCUGUGCAAAUGAAAGUAAACUUCUAGUACCUUUAAUUUUCACUUUGCCAUGCUUUGUUAAUGUAGCUCUGCUGUUAAUCAGCUACCACUCAGAUAAUCAUGUAAGAGUGAACCAAAAUAAGUUAGGAGAAUAAUCCUGUGUUGUAUUAUUUUGUUUAUUACAUUACAGUCUCUAGAGACCAGUAACUUUUUUUGUUUAAAAAUAGAAGUACGAAGUCCUCGUGAAUUACGAAAGGAAUGAAGUUUCAAGGUUUCAUGGUUUAAAAUACAAAAAUUUUGACUGUACAAGAGUCUACAAAGCAAAUACUAAAUACUGUCUAGCAUCUAGAAUCAACAUAGGUUGAACAUGACUCAACGGGCCAAGUGUAGUUCAAUAUAAAUCACUAAUUUGCAGUAAAUGACCAAUUCUGUGAAAUGGUUCAGCAGUCCACUCGAGUGAAAUUAUCACAGUAAUUCACAAAAUCCUUCAAAUUCUGCCUUUACAGGUUCCACUCUGAGUUUUGGUCAAAAGCACUACAGAAUCACAAUCUGCCCAUUUCAGUCGAAAUGAGGUACACUACCACUGUUAUAUGUCAGUAAUAAAAACAGCUGCUGAAACCUAUUCUCAGCGUCAGGGACAAAAGUAGAGAUUGCUGGAAAAGCCCAGAAGAUCUGGCAGCAUCUGUGGAAAAAAACAGAGUUAAUGUUUCUGAUUGAGUGACCCUUCCUCGGAACUAGAUCGGACAGUCCCCGUCAAUCUUCUUCGACCAGUUUGUACUUAGCAGACUCAACAAAUAGCUACUGCUUAGUUUGGACUGGCCUGUAACAAGGGCUUGUUUCAUUUUCCCAAUCUGUUUUUAGUUUUAUUAGAAACUGAGACCUUAUCAUUUGUAGUUUUAUCUUUCUUGUUUCUCCUUGUUUCAUUUUUAGUUUAGCAUUUAUUUUGAAAUAAGGUCUGCCUCAAAAACAUACAAAUUAAAUUUUCAAAUAUAGAUUCCCUCAUAACUAGCCACUCUUUGACACUGUCAUGUGUAUAAAUUUGUCUAACAAGAUAUGAAAUAUGUAGCAUCUUGUACAAACAUCAGAGACAAUUAUAAAGGAUUUCACCUUUAGUGUUGAAGGAAUAAAGAUACAUUUUGUCAAAGUUUUUGUCUUGCCCUCAGGAAAAAAAUUCCCAAAAAUUUACCAAAGUCAAGGGCAAACAAUAUUCAUAUUGUAUGAGAGUGCUGGUUAGUUGACACAGGGACUGAUUGGUAGAAGCAUUGACAUGAAGAAGUGCUAGUUAACAAUGAUUGACAGGUAACUGCCAAGUUUUGUCAAGCCAAAAAGACGUUUUGCCUAUGUCUCAAAUUAGAAAUGCAAAUAAUGAACUUCAAUGCCAGUAUGGUGUUUGGUAUGUAGACUGUACAUAUCAAAGACUGGCAGAUUAAACUAAAUAGCACAUCCUUUUGUUAACACACAACAAGCAAGGUAUUGAACAUCCCAAUCAGUUCAUACUCCAAAAUUCACAACAGUGCCUAACAUUUAGAUGUGGUUCCACCAGCCUGUAAUUUUUUGCACAGUCAUGCUCUGGUUCAUUUCUCUGGCCAAUGCCUUGGCCAUUGGAAUCAACUCAAGACUUGGUAUUUAAAUAUCAGUAAUCAUUAACUAGUAUAUUCUCCAUAGCAACUACUGGUCAGCAUUAUCUUCUCAUACAGUAUGAAUUUUGUUCACUCUUUUUAAUAGUUGCAAAAUGUUUUGAGUGCAAGAUGAAAACAUUCAAGCUUUUUUCUUCAGCAACUUCACCUUUGUUAAUGUUUUAGUGUACUUUGUUUUUCUGUUUAAAACAAAUUAUUUUAAUUGGUAAAGACUUUUUUUCUCCAGAUGAAGCAAAGGGUUAAUAGCUUGGAACAGUUACUAAUCUUGAUGGUACACAGAGGCACAUUAAUAGUGGAUUUGACUUUGUAGCUGUGACUACAUUUUGAAGUAAUCCAUUGGUUGUAAAGUGCCUUUGGACGCGUUGAGGAUAUGAAAGGUGUUGUUCGUUGACUUUUCAUCAAAGUUCCAAAGGUAGAAAGAGACAUAUUUACUUACCCUGUUCUUCUUGGAGAAUAAACCUCUGUCUUGUAAUCUGGCCAACUGUUAGAAAUGUGCAGCACCUGAUUCUCAGUUCCUGCAGGAAAACAGAAAUGUUCAAUUCUAGGAAGCCUAUUUUAAUAACAAAUCCACUGACUUCUACAGAUUCCUUUCAUGGUGAGUUGUGCUACUUUAUGUUUUACUCAAAGGCACUUAACAUAGUUUAGAAACUAAGGGCUGUAAGGAAGAAAAACAAGUCCUACAGCCUUAAUAGCAACUACCCACUGAAAUAUAUUAAUGGACCUGUGAAUGAAACAUUAUCCAACUACCUGGGAUGAAUGAAAGUCUCCCUGGUCCCUCAUUCUGUCUGCCGUACCACAAUCUAAGGCUGAAAAUUCUGGAAGUACAGAAACUAAUGUUACCAAGAGAAACAAAUGUGUAAUGCAUCUUUAUUACAUUUUCUUUAUUGACGCAUGUUAAAUUAGCAGACAGAAGAAUGUCAUGUAAGCAAAACAAGCAUUUGUUUGGUGAUAUAUACUGUUCUUCCACACUUCUGGCCCUGGGUCUUAAUUACUUUGUUAUUUUACACUCAAUUUAGAACUUUUUCGAUUCUGCUGUUUAAUUUAGCAAAGUAAGCAGAUUAUAGGUGUAACAGCCUGUAUAUAUCACAACAACCAUUAAAAUAGUAAUACAGGCAGUUCCUGAUUUAUGAACACCUGAAUUACAAAUGCUCAUACUGACAAAUGAAAUCCCACAUGGGAUGUAUUUAUAUUAAUUAAAAGAUCUAACUUGCAAAUGUU